GUUUUGAUUUAGGACGACCCUCGGUUUUGCCAUUAUUUACGGCGCUACCCCUUUGUAAGAAACCCUAGUGUUUGAUUUUUUUUUUUUGGUAGUUGUGUUCGGAUUUCGGAUUUUUCUAGAGUUUCGUAUCUUUUUUUUUUGGAGCUUAGGAUUGUGAUAUGAAUAGUAGAGGGAGGUAUCCACCACCGGGGAUCGGCGUUGGCCGGGGGGGCGGAGUGAAUGCUAACCCUAGUUUUCAGUCCAGGCCGUCGCAGCAACACUACGUGCAGAGGAAUUUGGUUCAUAAUCAGCAGCAUUUUCAACAACACAAUCAGCAGCAUUUUCAACAACAACAACAGCAUCAACAACAACAGCAGUGGCUCAGGCGUAACCAGUUACCCAGCGGCAAUGACUCCAGUGUCAUCGAUGAGGUCGAAAAGACCGUUCAAUCGGAAGCCGUUGACUCGAGUUCACAAGAUUGGAAGGCCAGGCUAAAGAUACCACCAGCAGAUACCCGCUACAAAACAGAGGAUGUGACAGCUACUAAAGGAAAUGAAUUUGAGGACUAUUUUCUGAAACGUGAACUUCUUAUGGGAAUAUAUGAGAAGGGUUUUGAAAGACCAUCUCCUAUUCAGGAAGAGAGUAUUCCCAUUGCUUUGACCGGAAGUGAUAUUCUUGCCAGAGCCAAAAAUGGAACUGGAAAGACAGCAGCAUUUUGCAUUCCCGCCUUGGAAAAAAUUGACCAAGAUAACAAUGUUAUUCAAGUUGUUAUACUUGUUCCAACUCGAGAACUGGCUUUGCAGACAUCACAAGUGUGCAAGGAGCUUGGGAAGCAUUUACAAAUUCAAGUCAUGGUCACCACGGGAGGCACCAGUCUCAAGGAUGAUAUUAUGCGAUUGUAUCAACCAGUCCAUUUGUUGGUUGGAACGCCUGGCAGAAUUCUAGACCUUGCUAAAAAGGGUGUUUGCAUUUUGAAAGAUUGUUCAAUGCUUAUAAUGGAUGAAGCAGAUAAACUUUUGUCUCCAGAGUUUCAACCUUCUAUAGAGCAGCUGAUACGUUUUCUUCCUGCAACUCGUCAAAUUUUGUUGUUUUCUGCCACAUUCCCUGUUACUGUUAAGGACUUUAAAGACAGAUACCUACAGAAGCCUUAUAUUAUUAAUCUAAUGGAUGAGCUUACCCUGAAGGGUAUUACACAAUAUUAUGCUUUUGUGGAAGAAAGACAGAAAGUCCACUGCCUAAAUACUCUUUUCUCUAAGCUGCAAAUAAACCAAUCAAUCAUUUUCUGCAAUUCGGUAAAUCGGGUGGAACUGUUGGCCAAGAAAAUUACAGAACUUGGCUACUCUUGCUUUUAUAUCCAUGCAAAGAUGCUUCAGGACCAUCGUAACAGAGUAUUUCAUGAUUUCCGUAACGGCGCAUGCAGAAAUCUUGUUUGUACUGAUCUUUUUACAAGGGGUAUAGAUAUCCAAGCUGUGAAUGUUGUUAUUAACUUUGACUUCCCCAAGAACUCUGAAACAUACCUCCAUAGGGUUGGUCGAUCAGGAAGGUUUGGUCAUCUUGGAUUAGCUGUGAAUUUGAUCACUUAUGAAGACCGCUUUAACUUGUAUAGGAUUGAACAAGAGCUUGGGACCGAAAUUAAGCAAAUUCCUCCACAUAUCGAUCAGGCUAUUUACUGCCGGUGAUUUGUAGAAGAUGUUUCUUGUUUGGCCUACAGUGGUAACAAUGGGUUAAUGAAGCCUGCUUAUCCAAGGCGUCCGUCCUUGCUCAUGGGUGGGUAUAUAUAUUCUAAAAUAUAAGACGGUGUUGGUGGAAGACUUCUUAGCGGGCGCUUUUAUGCAUGUAAUCCUUGAAUGCUUCUUUUCUAUUGACAUCUCAAAUUUCAGAGUCCUGAAAUGUUAGCAGGAUAUGGUAGACUAGGGAGAGUUUUAGAUGAGUCUUGCUUUUGAUUUAGUUAAGUUAUGGUUUGGUACCGUCUGUCUGUCUGUCUGUCUGUCUGUCUGUCUGAUCAUGGUGGAAUUGUAGCUUGUGCUAGAAAUUUAUGUUUAUGUUUCUUCUGUUGGUGCAUUUUCUCAUCUAAAUCUUUGUGGUUUCAAUGGACAAAAAACAUCUGAGAUUUCAAAACGAAAUGAAAAGUAUCGGCUGUUGUUUGAUA